AUGGGACUUACCGACUUCAUCACCGACGUCUGGGAGACUUUCUCGCACCCCUCGCCCGACGCCGAGGCUCCGCCCCAGGGUGGCUCCUCGACCGAUACACCUGCUUCCGGCACCGAUGAGGAGUCUGGCGAGGAGGCCCAGGCAAACAAGGAAGAUACCAAGAGUGAAGAGGACAGCGGCGAGCAGGGACACAAGCCUAGCGAUGAUGGCGAUGAGGAGGAGGAAGAGGAGGAAGAGGAAGAGGAGCUAGUCGACCCCAAAGAGACACUUGAGAAGGAAUGCGAGACCUCCAAGCAGUGCUCACCAGCCAAGCACCACUAUGACGAGUGUGUUGAGCGCGUGACAGGCCAGAUCGAAAAUGACGGCAAGGCAAGCGAGGACUGUGUCGAAGAAUUCUUCCACCUUGCCCACUGCGCAACUCAGUGUGCCGCUCCCAAGCUCUUCGCUGCCCUCAAGUAA